UUGUCCAGAUUUGGACCAGGUCUGAGUGCAUUAACUUGUCAGAGGGACCAGAAUUAUUGCACUCUUGGUUUAUCCCUUGUUUUUUUUUUUACACUAAUCUGUAAUUGCAUAUCAGAGUGUCUUUUAGUGUAGGAUUAAAGUUAGUGCCGUGGUUUAGCGUCCCAGGUUUGAUCCUGAGCUUGGAUUACUGUUUGUUCGCAUGCUUUCCUCUGGGAUCUCUGGCUUCCUCCAACCUCCUAACAUACCAGUCAGAUUCAGUGUUCAUGUGAAGACUAUGGGCAUCAUGCAGCAGUGUUCCUGAUCCCACCGUUUCCUCCAUUCCAAUCCAUAGGGCCAUGAGCCAGCCCAGCCCCUGGCUGCAGUAUGAGCCUCCGCACCGUAGGGGGUGCUUUGUUCACCUCCCUGCGUCCUAACCUGCUUGUGAGCAGCAGUGGUGGUAGUGGUGGUGGCGGAGGAAGCCGCUGGGGCUUGCUCUCUCUGAAACCUGUGUCUUCUCUGCUGCACACCAUGGUUCCGCCGGGUUACACCGCGCUGCAAGAAGAGCGACUGGCCAUGGUGGAAUUGAACUCACCCAAGCCGGAGACGCAGCAGAACGGCUUUCACCGUGAAGGCCGUCGCCUGUCAGAGCGUUCUGGAGAUGGCCGAUACAGCGAGACGGAGCCCAUGCUACCUGAGAGCAGGCUCUCAGGAGAGGAGGUAGAUGAGGAAGAGGAAAGCGAAGAAGAAGGCCAGAAACCGGCCACACAAAACCUGCCCAAGGAGUCACCGCUGGCCAUGGCUCUGCAGAUUCUGGUGCCGUUCCUGCUGGCCGGCUUUGGCACCGUGUCAGCUGGCAUGGUGUUAGACAUAGUGCAGCAUUGGGAUGCGUUCAAAUACGUCACAGAGAUCUUCAUCCUGGUCCCUGCUCUCCUGGGUCUGAAAGGAAACCUGGAAAUGACGCUAGCCUCCAGACUCUCCACAGCGGUGAACGUUGGAAAAAUGGACUCACCCAUAGAGAAGUGGAACCUCAUCAUCGGCAACUUGGCACUAAAACAAGUCCAAGCUACAGUGGUGGGGUUUCUGGCAGCAGUGGCGGCUAUUAUUCUUGGCUGGAUCCCUGAAGGAAAGUUCCAGAUGAGUCACGCUGUGCUGCUCUGCUCCAGCAGUGUGGCCACGGCCUUCAUCGCCUCCCUGCUGCAAGGUAUUAUCAUGGUGGGCGUGAUCGUGGGCUCUAAGAAGACGGGCAUCAAUCCUGACAAUGUUGCCACGCCAAUCGCGGCCAGCUUCGGUGACCUCAUUACUCUAGCCAUCCUGGCCUGGAUCAGUCAGGGGCUCUAUAACUGCCUGGACUCUCACCCGUACGUAUCAUCUCUUGUGUGUGCCUUCUUCAUGUCUCUGACUCCGGUGUGGAUGAUCGUCUCAUCCAAACACCCGGCGAGCCGACAGCUCCUCUACUCCGGCUGGGAGCCUGUCAUCACCGCCAUGGUCAUCAGCAGUAUUGGAGGUCUGAUCCUGGAUAAAACUGUGUCAGACCCCAACUUGGCCGGCAUUGUGGUCUACACCCCUGUCAUAAACGGUAUUGGUGGAAACCUUGUGGCCAUCCAGUCUAGCCGCAUCUCGACACACUUGCACUUCCACAGCACCCCAGGAGAGGUACCGGACGAGGCCAAGGGCUGCUACUAUCCCUGCCGAACCUUCUGUGGCUCAGGAGCCAAUCACCGGUCAGCACAAGUGCUGCUUCUAUUGGUAAUCCCGGGGCACUUGGUCUUUCUGUACACUAUUCACCUAAUGAAAAGUGGCCACACAACGUUGACGCCCAUUUUCAUGGCUGUUUACUUGGCUGCAGCACUGCUACAGGUGUUCCUCUUGCUGUGUAUAGCAGACUGGAUGGUCCACGCCAUGUGGAAGUCUGGGAAGGACCCGGACAGUUUCUCCAUCCCGUACCUGACGGCGCUGGGAGACCUGCUGGGCACUGCUCUCCUGGCCUUGAGCUUCCACUUCCUGUGGGUGAUCGGGGACCAGGACAGCGACGUAGGCGACUAGGGUCAAACGCUUUCACCGGUCAUGUGUUCCAUCUCAGCCAAAGCUGCGCAGUGUUGCUAUGGGACAUGUCCAGCCACUGAUUAAUGGACGCUGCCGGUGAUGCUUUCAGCCAAUAUCAUGUGUGAUGAGAUUUACAAAGAGGACCAAUGACCAAUUGGAACAUUUUAUAGUGCUUUUUAAAGGACAGAGUUAUUUAAUAUUCAGCUUUUGCGAGAUUAUUGUAUGCAGCAUCAUUCCAGUCAGAUUUGAGAUUUUGGAAGGUAAGAAUCCUGGGAGGUGUUGCUGAUCUUUCAGGCAUGAAUUAACAUUAUGAAUUAACUAAUUAUCAGGCUGGCUUUCUGUUCACAUCAUAUCCAUGACAGAUUAAAAAAAGAUUCCUCUAUUUUUUUUUUUUUAUCUAUACUCCCCUCUUGCUCUUCCUGCCCUCUUGUAGAGGGGUCUGCACUUUGUAAGAUAAAUGGUACUUAUGUGUUUUGGUCCAUCAGGUCAAUCUGAUGCUUACUUUUCAGUGUUUACACGUUCUGUUUACACGAAUGCAACUCUACAUGACAUAAGGCAUGUGUGCCUGAGAAUCGUCUGCAUGUGGGUGAUGGCACAGUGUUUGUCUUUAAUGGCUUAUUUCUUCCUCUUGUCCAUACGUCUCACGUGUGUGCUUUGCUGUCUUUGUUGGUUUUGCUUUAUGGGAUAAAAUACAAUCGGAUCUGUUUUUUUUAUACUCACAAUAAAUGUUAAGUAUUUCUUUAUAGUCAA